CCUCAAACAUUUCCUCAUCACUUCUCCUUUCCUCUCUGAUUUCUUGCUUCGAAUUUUGAUCUAUACGUAUAGUUAUCUCUUUAUCUCUCGUUCUCGUUCUCUAUCUCGUUUCUAGGCAGUGCCAAUUUCACCACUUGUGUGUAAGCGGAUAUAGAAUCUGAGAGGAAUCUUCAAAGAUUCUCCCUUUGCUUCUUCUUUUUUAUACCGUUUCUAUUAAUGUUCGAGACACUUGCUUCCGGCGAAAUCGAAACUGCCAGAUUGAGCCGUAAUUUGGGGAUUACGUCCAAUUUAGGGUUUUCCUGCGGUGGAUUUGAAGACUUUGCUAUGAGAUUCGAAGGGGAAAACAUGGUGCCACUCAAAGCUGAAGAGGAGGAAGAAGACGAAGUGGUGGUGACCGAAACGACGCCGUUUCAUUUGCAACAACCGUUGUUUCUUCAGCAGCAGCAGAAACUCGUUGUUGGGUAUGCUCUGACUUCUAAAAAGAAGAAGAGUUUCUUGCAGCCCAAGCUUGAACUUCUUGCUAGGAGAAAAGGCAUUUUCUUUGUCGCCAUCGAUUUGAACCGGCCCCUAUCUGAACAAGGGCCAUUUGAUGUCGUUUUGCAUAAGUUGCUGGGAAAAGAGUGGGAAGAGGUUAUUGAGGAUUACCAACAAAAACAUCCAGAAGUGACUGUGCUUGAUCCUCCAGGAUCAAUACAGCGCAUAUAUAAUCGACAAUCGAUGCUUCAGGGUAUGGCAGAUUUGAAACUGUCAGAUUGCAGUGGCAGCCUUUUUGUUCCAAAGCAAAUGGUUGUCUUGAAAGAUUCAGCAGCUACUGCUGAUGAAGUUGUGAAAGCUGGUCUUAAAUUUCCACUAGUUGCAAAGCCGCUCUGGAUCGAUGGAACUGCAAAGUCACAUCAAUUGUACUUAGCUUAUGACAGGCGCUCGCUUGCAGAACUUGAUCCGCCUCUAGUCCUCCAAGAGUUUGUUAAUCAUGGUGGAGUUAUGUUCAAGGUUUUUGUGGUGGGUGAUAUUAUAAAAGUCAUGCGACGGUUUUCUCUACCAAAUGUGAGUAAUUGUGAAAAAGCCAAAGUCGAUGGCGUCUUCCAAUUCCCAAGGGUUUCAUCAGCUGCUGCUUCAGCAGACAACGCAGAUUUGGACCCUUGUGUUGCUGAGCUACCUCCAAAGCCUUUCCUCGAGGCACUGGUGAAAGAGCUAAGAAGCUUAUUGGGACUGCGGCUUUUCAACAUAGACAUGAUCAGAGAACAUGGGAGCAAAAACGUGUUUUAUGUUAUUGACAUCAACUAUUUUCCUGGUUACGGAAAGAUGCCAGAUUACGAGCAAGUAUUUGUAGAUUUCUUCCAAAAUCUGGCGCAACUAAUUCUCGUCCCAACAAUGUCUCUCCUCCUGCGAACUUUGCCUCUCCGACCUGCUCGUUUCCUCUCCGCCACCGCCAUAUCCGCCUCUAACGCUGCCAAUUUCUUCUUCGUACCCAAACGGAGAAACCCACUUCCUGGAACCCGAAGAACCUUCUCCAAUUCCACUGUUGCAGCUGCCACCGGCGAUGUAGCAGUGAAGCCGGUUCCAUCUCCUCCGUCGGUUCUUCGGUGGGUAUCGCGCAAAGAGCUAUGCGGGGAGUUAUCAGUCGAUGAUGUUGGUAAAAGGGUCCGCCUUUGCGGAUGGGUCGCCCUUCACCGAGUCCAUGGUGGCCUCACUUUCCUUAAUCUUAGAGAUCAUACCGGCAUUGUCCAGGUGAGGACGCUUCCGGAUGAGUUUCCUGAGGCACAUGGCUUGAUCAAUGACAUGAGGCUUGAGUACGUUGUUUUGGUGGAAGGUACUGUGCGUAGUAGGCCAAAUGAGUCCGUCAACAAGAAAAUGAAAACAGGAUUCGUCGAGGUAGUUGCAGAGAAUGUCGAAAUAUUGAAUCCUGUGAGGACAAAGCUUCCCUUCUUAGUUACUACUGCAGACGAGAACAAAGAUUUGAUUAAAGAAGAAAUUCGCUUAAGAUUUCGAUGUCUUGAUCUACGCCGUCAGCAAAUGAAGAAUAAUAUAGUGCUUCGCCAUAAUGUGGUGAAGCUGAUUAGGAGAUACCUAGAAGAUAGACAUGAUUUUAUUGAGAUUGAAACUCCAAUACUCUCUAGAUCUACUCCAGAAGGCGCGCGAGAUUAUUUGGUUCCCUCAAGAAUUCAGUCAGGAACAUUCUAUGCUUUGCCACAAAGUCCACAGCUCUUCAAACAGAUGUUAAUGGUCUCUGGUUUUGACAAAUAUUACCAGAUAGCAAGAUGUUUUAGAGAUGAAGAUCUAAGAGCUGAUAGGCAGCCUGAAUUUACUCAGCUUGAUAUGGAAAUGGCUUUCAUGCCUAUGGAAGACAUGCUGAAGCUGAAUGAAGAUCUUAUCCGUAAGGUCUUUUCAGAGAUCAAAGGUAUCCAGCUACCUGAUCCAUUCCCAAGGCUUACAUAUGCUGAUGCGAUGGAUCGAUAUGGCUCAGAUAGACCAGAUACAAGAUUUGAUCUCGAGUUGAAAGAUGUUUCCAACGUUUUCACAGAAUCGUCCUUCAGGGUUUUCACGGAGGCCCUUGAAAGUGGUGGAAUCAUUAAGGUAUUAUGUGUGCCUUUGGGUUCUAAAAAGUAUUCAAACUCAGCUCUCAAAAAAGGAGAUAUUUACAAUGAAGCAAUGAAAUCCGGAGCAAGGGGUCUGCCUUUCUUGAAGGUCUUGGAUAAUGGCGAGAUCGAGGGAAUUGCAGCAUUAGUUUCUAGUUUAGACUCAGCAGGUAAAAUCAACUUUGUGAAACAAUGUGGAGCAGCACCUGGUGAUCUUAUAUUAUUUGGAGUGGGUCCUGUUACUUCGGUUAAUAAAACCCUAGAUAGGUUAAGACUCUUUGUAGCCCAUGACAUGGAUUUGAUUGACCAUUCCAAGCACUCAAUUCUGUGGGUGACAGAUUUCCCAAUGUUCGAGUGGAAUGAGCCAGAGCAGAGGCUAGAGGCAUUACAUCAUCCAUUCACAGCUCCAAAGCCUGAAGAUAUGGAUGACUUGCCUUCUGCACGAGCUCUCGCUUAUGACAUGGUCUAUAAUGGGGUCGAGAUUGGUGGAGGAAGUUUGAGGAUAUAUAAGCGGGACGUUCAAGAAAAGGUUUUGGAGAUCAUUGGCAUCUCGCCUGAAGAGGCUGAAUCAAAGUUUGGCUAUCUUCUGGAGGCUCUUGACAUGGGUGCUCCUCCUCAUGGUGGAAUUGCUUAUGGAUUGGAUAGAAUGGUGAUGAUGCUGGGAGGUGCGAGUUCCAUAAGAGAUGUAAUAGCCUUUCCAAAGACAACCACAGCGCAAUGUGCCCUAACAAGGACUCCCUCUGAAGUCGAUCCAAAGCAGCUUCAAGAUCUCUCCAUCCGCACCAAAUAAUAGCUCUCAACACAAAACAAUUGUAUCUUCUGUUUACUCUUAACAUCAUUGGUUACUGAUUUUAAAGAAAUUUGUUAUCAAUGU